AUGAUUUUAUUUCAGGCUGAUGAUGAUGAAUUUUAUUUCUUCUGUCACUUCCUUGGAUUAAGUAAUUUGCCCAGAACUGAAUUUACAGCUGCAUCUAGCAUAGAGUGGACUGUUUCUGAUCCGAGGGAUUUGAUUAGAACGUGGUGUGAUGACUAUAUUAACUUUAUUAAUUUAUCUGUGAUUGCUGCCAGGGGAUUACUGCAGACUCACAUUAAGUGGUAUCCUCCAACUUUACUUUUGCUUCCUCAUAACUAUGAUGACAUCUUCAAAUAUUAUCAUAAGAAACCUUGUAUUGUGUGCCAUAGUGAACCAAAAGAUCCUUCACUGUGUUUAAUAUGUGGAACUAUGGUUUGUUUGAGGGAAAAUUGUUGUCGUCAACUGGCUCAUUAUGAAGCUGUUUCACAUUCUGUCACUUGUGGAGCAGGCACUGCUAUUUACCUUGCUGUUAACUCGUCAACUAUUAUUGUGAUCAGAGGUAAACGAGCCUGUCUUUGGGGUUCAGUAUAUCUCGACAGCUAUGGAGAGGAAGAUAGGGAUUUGAAGCGAGGCAAACCAUUAUUUCUCAGUGAAGAACGAUAUUCAUUACUCCAACAACAGUGGAUCAAUCACAGCUUCGAUCAUACCAACAAGAGAUGGGUCUGGCAUAAGGACAACUUAUAACGUUAAUUUUAUGUAUAUUUGUAAAUUCCUGCCUAAAGAUAUGAAGCUCUGGUAUACAGAACUUUUGUAUUAUAAACUUGUUUCUUUCUAUAAUUACAGAAGGACUCAAUACAGCCACCCUGGGUUGGACUGCUAAAUAAUAAAAAUAAAAGAACUUUUCUUUUGUGAAUUUGAAUGAAAUUAUAGGUUGUUGUUUGUUUAAAAGAUUCAUUUGUUUCUGAAGUAAUGGUUUUUAUCAAAAGAUGAAUUGUAAACAUAAUUUUUCCUUGUUUUAAUCUGCAUUAAAAAGUGCUCACUUUCAUUGAUUUGUUGUCUGAAACAUUUUAUCCUUUUAAUUAGAGAAUAUUGAAUCUUAUAAAUGAAUAUAAAUCUGUGAACAAAUAUAUUUUACUUUAUAAUUAUUUUUGAUUUAAAUUGAUAAAAACACAUAAUUUUUUUUCCUUCUUGGUUUUAAAAUAAUGCACUUAUUUUUCAUAAUUAGGAUCUUUAUCUUUGUACUAGUGAUGCAAUAGUUGUUUUCCUACAGAUUACUUUCAAUUUCAGAUGGUGGUGCUUAAAAAAAAAAAGCGUAAUCUUAGAAAAUUAAAAACAUUGCACUAUUUUAUGGAUAUGUUUUAUUCUUUUCUAAAUGUGUUCUUGCUUAUAUUUCUUUAAGUGCCAAAAACUUAUUAGAAAAAUCAAACUUUUUAUUAAUUCGAAUUUCUUUUCUACAACUUUUUGUUGAAUCGUUGCUAUGCAUCAUUUUAUAGCAAGGACUUUAAGUUCCAGUUUUAGUAUCAUUAUUAUUUAUUACUCUGAAUCAGUACGAUAGUAAUUUAUAAUAUUUCAUAAACUAUAGUCUGGCUUUUGCAUUUAUGAACUGCAUAUUUUUUUUAAAAAAAAUUUAAUGUAUUUUUUCUGUUAAAAUACAUAAACAUUGAAAUGGCCAGAAUGUCAGUUUUUUUUUUGUGUGUGAAAUAUUUUCUUAAAAUACAUAAUUUCAAAUAAAAAAAAUUAUGCAGACGAUUUCUUAUUGAUAUAAUUUUUGUGCAUUAUUUUCUUUUCUUUAUUUACAGUAAUUGAAAACAAUUUUAAUUCAUAAAUUCUAAUUUCCAUUUUCCAUUCAAACCUAUUUUCAAAGCUUCAUUAUGAUAGAUAAUUUUAGAUUAGAUAAUUUUUUUCUCCCUUUACAUGAAAUGAUCUGAUUUUGCAUUAAAGUCUGACAAAUCUUUUAUUUGGAUUGAUUUUUCCUUGCAAAGAUAUUUUCUUUUAUUUCAUUGUUGAUAAAAUGAAAUUAAAAUUUUAUUGUAAAAAGUUCUGCUUACUAAUAAUUAGCAAAAAAAUGUAAACUUUUAACUAAAUUACUAAAAAAAUUUCAAUGUCAUAGGUGUUUUCAAAAAUGUAUGCACACUUUGAAUAAUUAUUAUCUGAGGAAGUAAUAAUAUACUUCAAAGUUUUAUAACAUUUGUAAAUACCAAUGUUGUGCUAAUUUACUGAAAUGGUCAAAAUAAUUAUUAUUAUCUAGGCACACAGAUGGUAUAGAGAAAUGGAAACAGCAAAUAUUAAUAAAUAAUAGCCAUGAUAAUAAGUUGAAUUCUCUUUCAAAGUUUAUUUUCAACUUUUGGCUAUUCUUAAGCAUAUUGACUGCUGGGUAUUUUUCUUAAAAGAAGACUAAAUGAUUCAAUGCAUUAAUUCCAAUGAUAAAUAAUAUAUUUUUUUAUUCAAUUGUGUUAUGAAUGUGCAGUUAAAAAAUAUUUAAAUUACUGAAAUGGUCAAAAUAAUUACUAUUAUUAUCUGAGCACACAGAUAGCAUAGAGAAAUGGAAAUAGCAAAUGUUAAUAAAUAAUAAUCACUGUUAAUAAGUUGAAAUCUCUUUCAAAGUUUAUUUUCUUGUGGCUAUUCUUAAACAUUUUGAUUGACAGGUAUUUCCCUUAAAAUGAAAUAAAGGUAUUCAAUGUAUUGAUUCCAAUGGUAAAUAAUAUAUUUUUCGAUUCAUUUGUAUUAUGUAUCUUUGAAGCCUUUUAAAUAAUUAUUUAUAUAAUAAUUAUUCAGUGUGUGAAUACAUUUUUUAAGGAAAAUUUACAUAUAGUGAAUAUUAAUUUUUUUCUUUCAUAUCUUAUGAAAAACAUUAAACAGAUUGUUAUGAGCUGAUGCUUAUUUACAAUGAAUGGAUUUGGUUAAUUUGAAAUAUAAUGGGUGCUUGUUUUCAUCUUCCAUUAAACAAUAAUUUUGUAUUAAAAUUCUAUAGAAUUUGUUGCUUUCAUUGUAACAUUCAUAAAAAUCAUUCAGUGAUAAACAGUAUGGAAUUUUCCUGACGAAUUACAAAACAGUAUUUCUCUUUCACAACAUGACAAUUUAGGUCUUCCUUUUAUAACAGUUUUUGGUGCUAAAAUAAAGUUAAGCAGCCUUCAACAUAAUGUAGUGAUAUGCAUUCCAUGUUUGUUCUAUUUUCAUUAUUUAUUUAAUUGGAUAUAUAAUUUAGAUGAUGGAAAUUUCUGCAUGAUUAAAUUGUUUAUCAGAAUCAGUUUAUGUUGGAAAAAAAAUCACUAUUUAUUGAAGCAAUAAUGUAAUUUGUUCUGUGCUUUGUUUUUGACCUUGGAAACAAGUGAUGAUAUACAGUGUGUCUUUCAUUAAAGAUGCAAAUGAUAACCUGCUGUUUUGUACUUAUUUAUUAAUAUGACUUAGUAAUUAUGUCUUAAAUACAAAAUGCAUGCAUAAAAUAGUGUAGAAAGUAAAUCUGCCUCAGUUUCUCUCGUUUUUUCUUUUUUUUUCUUUCUUUUUUUUAAAUUGGGAAAUGUGCAUUUGUGAGUUUUGAUGGGUAAAAAAAAAAAAAAAAAAAAAAGAAAGCAAUUAUUAUUAUAAUUUAAAUAAUGUAAAAAAUUAUCUUAUUUAUUCUGUAAAAAUCAUUCUUUAAAAAAUGCUGUAAAAAUUAUUAUUAUUGCUUCUGCAGUAAUUAUGCAAUCAAGUACUUUGAAAACACCAUUAAUUGUGCUUGGUUAUGCCAUCAAACUGCUGCAUUCAAUAAGGGGAAAAUUGUUUUGUAGGCAUACAGGUAGUUGGAAACUAAUGAUUAUAUUGGUGUAAACUGGCAGACAUUUUUCUUUAAUUCAUAUAUUUUUUUUUCUAUUAUAACUAAUAAUUUAGAAAGUACAAAAAAAAAAAAAAAUCAGAUUAUUGUUAUUAAAUCUUUUCUUGAAAUUUUAUUUUGAUAAUUUUUAUUUGAUUAUUUCAUAAACUGUAAUAUGAUGCAAUGUUUUUAAGGCUAGUUUUUGGUGAAAACAACUUGGAAUAUUUAAUAGUUUCAUCUGUUAUUAUUAUUGAGUUACUAUGAGUCAAGAAUAGAGAUUAAUUCUCCAUUCUUGAGAAUCACUUUUGAUUCUUCAUGACUCUUUUGAUUCUGAAGAGAUUUUUGAGAAUCUCUUUUGGAAGGCAUGUCUGGAAAUUUGUUGGAUUUCCCCAUAUUUUGAAUUUUAUAGACUUUUUAAAUCUCUUUAUAUUAAAAUAAAUAUUAAUUUAACAACACAUCUGAUCAGACAAUACUUUUUAGAUGGUAAUUGCCGUCUUUCAAAUGUUCUGAAUUUCUUUCAAGAAAGAAACAUUUUGGAAAAAAAUUAAAACAUUAUUAUUAUGAUAAAGAUUAUAAAAAGUAUAUCUGCAAUUUAAAUUUCUAUAAUCUAGGGAAAAGUAUAAAUUCUGAGCAUUUUGAGUUUGAUUAAAAAAAAAAAAAAAUGAAUGUGAAAAAUAUUUAAGAAAUAACUCAUACAAGAAUUUUUUGAAUUUGCAAGUCUACAAAAAUUAAAGAAUUAAGAUUUCAAACUGUGUUUUCACAAAUCUGUUGUUGAAGGAAAAAUUCUAAUCAAAAUUCCAAUUCAAAAAAUCAUUUGUAAACUCUUGUUGACUUAUUCACCAAAAA